AACUGAGGAAUGUUAUGCUCGAAUCGACGAGGUAUUUGCAGAGUGCGGCAUGGAAUCUCUGCCGAUGGUCGAAGUUCACUCCGCUCACGGAUAGAGUCCAGAGACUGGCGUGGAAUACGCUCAAUAUUACGCAGCCAUUCGCCUUUGAAGCCACUUGUAACUACUUGUGGAAUGGUACGAUCGUACCGUAUCCUCAGCACGACCGGGAGGCCUUCGACCUCGUUGGCGAUCUUGAGAACACUAGAGUCAUCAAGUUCAGACUGAAGAAGACUCUCAAUAGUGGGGCAACUGUGUCGAUCCUUAAGCGUGCCGUUGCACGGCGGUUUUUCGACGAGAAUCGCAUGGUUAUGGUGUUCCAGAUCUUCUCUGAAGGUGAGGGGAUGUUCAGCGGAAUGGAUACGGAUGAAACCUCGUAG